AUGGCCGCAAACAGCGAUAGCAUCGACGCGCGCAUCCCCGCCUCGUGCCCAGCGUCCGUCUCCCAGAUCCUCUACCCCUCCUGGCACCACGACCUCGCGGGCCUCAAGCCGCUACUCACCGUGCCGGGCCGCGCCAGCGUCCAGGAGCCCACGACGGGCGAGACGCCGCUGCACGCGGCAAUCCGAGCCUGCGCGCCCGCAAACCGGCGGCGGCAGGGCGCGCUAGACGACGCGGACGAAGACGAAGAUGAAGAUAAGGCCCGAGAGAACGCCAGGGCCGUCGUGCACGAGCUGUUCAUGAGCGGCGCGAUAUGGAACGACGUCGACGACAACAACGAGACGCCCGGGUGCGUGGCCGCGCGGCUGGGGCUCGCGGACUUGUACGCGCUGUGCGUCGAGGCGGGCGUGCGGGCCGAGCUGCUGUUCGGUUUGUUGGACGGGUACGAGGAGCUUGAGUCCGACGACGACGACGACGACGACGAGGAAGAUGAGGAAGAUGAAAAAGUAAAGGAAAAGGGGGAGGACAAUGUUGAAGGAGAAGGAAAAGGAGAGAAAGAUGUUGAAAAUACAGAACGCGACGGUGCGCAGGAAGAAGAAGAAGAAGCUGAAGUAGUAGUAGUAGACUCGGACCGCGCCUUCGUCCCACCAAAAGGCACCGUCGGGCCUAACGUCAACAGCGCGGACUACCUGCGCUCGAACCUCACCUACAGCGACGGGAAGCUAGUCGACUCGGCCCAAAACGGCGUGAUGAUGGCCUGGGAAACAUCCAUCAUGCGCGCCUCCGUCGACGCGCUGCUCCCGGGCCUCCCCACGGGGAAGAAGAUCCUCAACGUCGGGUUCGGCAUGGGCAUCGUCGACGGCAUGUUCGCCGCGACGCGCCCGGAGAAACACCACGUCAUCGAGGCGCACCCGAGUGUCCUCAAGCACAUCAGCAGCUCCCCCGACUCCAAGUUCGGCAGGGAAUGGGAAGCCGGCGGCCCGUCCGAGGGCGCUUACAAGGUCCACGGCGGCAGGUGGCAGGAUGUAGUCCCGAAGCUGCUGGAGCAGGGCGAGACGUACGACGCCAUCUACUUCGACACGUUCGGCGAGGACUACGGGCAGCUGCGCAUGUUCUUCACCGAGUACGUCCCCGCGCUGCUCGAGGAUCAGGGCAGGUUCGGGUUUUUCAACGGCCUAGGCGCCGAUCGGAAGAUCUGCUACGACGUUUAUGCUCAGGUGGUCGAGAUGCACCUCAGCGACGCAGGUAUGGAUGUAGAGUGGCGGGAGUUGGAGGUGGACAUGAAAGAUCUAGGAAAAGAAGGGGAAGGGGAAUGGGAAGGCGUUAAAAGACGUUAUUGGACUCUGGACAAGUAUCGACUACCGACCUGCACCCUGUUGGGCUGA